GAGACUGAGGCAAACUGAAGGAGCAGCUCUCAUUACCCUCUGUCCAUCACCCAGCAAACAGCCAGCCAUGUCCUCACCAUUCCUGUACACUGUUGGAGAGAUGAGACCAUCACACCAGCUGUGCCUACUGGGGUUGCUAUUGUUUUCUCUUAUUCCAAGUCAACUAUGCCAGAUCUGUGAGGUAAGCAGAGAAAACUGCUCCUAUCUAAAUCCUCUAAUAAACACAAUGGUAAAUGCAAACUAUACCAAAGGAAUCCAAAGUGCCAACAUCCUGUUGACCUUCAGACUUGUUCAGAUUCAGAACCAAAGGCUAGAACAACAGCUGACUCGACAAAUUCAAGAAGAUAUAGAAAAAAGAGAGCCAGAGAUAACCUCAGGAGAGCUGGCCUUGGCUAUCCUGGCUUUGGGAGCGUGUAAAAACUCUAGUGAAGUGUUUAUACCUGAUGCUUAUCUGGUUAGCAAACUAGGAGAGAAAUUCAAAGCAGAAAUUGAGAAUAUGGAAACACACAGUGACAAUCCGCUGACCAACUAUUACCAGCUCAGCCUGGCCCUCCUGGCCUUGUGUCUGUCCAACGGGAACUACUCAACCACCAACGUUAUUCCUUACUUCACUCCUGAAAAUAAAAACUAUUAUUUUGGUGGCCAGUUCUCAGUAGAUACUGGAGCAAUGGCUGUUCUUGCUCUAACCUGUGUGAAGAGGAGAAUAGAAAAGGAGGAGAUUGAAGCAGAUAUAAAGGAUUUAAACAAAACCAAUGUUUAUAUAACAUCCCUGGUAAAUAAGAUUCUGUCUGCAGAAAAUGAUGGUCUCUUUGGAAACAUAUUUAGCACAGGAGAAGCUAUGCAGGCUCUGUUUGUCUCAUCAAACUAUUACAAAAAUAAACGGAAUUGCCAAGAAACUCUGCACACAGUACUUCACGACAUCCUUCAGGGAGCAUUCCAUCUGCCAAUUGCUGCAGCCCAGAUCUUACCUGCCCUGAUGGGAAAGACCUACUUGGAUGUCAACAAAAACUGUUCUUGUACCUGCAGUCCAGAUAAAUUCAACAUCUCCACAGAUGAGCCUGUACCUGUGACACCUACUAUCUCACCCUCCAAUAUUUCAGUCAAUUACUCUGUGCAAAUCAAUGAAAUUUUCAAUUCCACCAAAGUCACUGUGAGAAAGGGUUCUGUCUUCCUCGAUGUGAUGAUGGCAGCUGAGAAACAAAAUAAGGCUGCAUUUUGUUUCAAAACGGAGGACAGCCCAUGGGGGCCCUACAUCACCACUGUUCAGAACAUAAGCGCCAACAAUAAUGACAGAACCUACUGGCAACUUCUGAGCAAUGGCCAACCGCUGAGCCAAGGAGCUGGGAGUUAUGUUGUCAAAAAUGGAGAAUACUUGGAGGUUCGUUGGAGCACAUACUAAUAAACCCAAACCAUCCUCAGCUGGGUCUAACCCUUUUGUAGUGAGACUCCAUGUGGAAAUUGAUCUUACACCUUCCUUUUCACUUAUCUCGACCCCAAUAGCAUAGUCAAUAACCUCUAAUUCUCUCUUCGCAUGUUCAAUAAAAGAUCAACAACUAUACAAAAAGAGCAUGUU